CUCGACCUUUUUUUUUCUCGUUUUCUUUCUGUGAGCAUUGCGACGCACGCGUUUUCAAAGCAGUGUCUCUGUGUUAGUAGAUGAGUGGACGGAAAGUGACUGUAACGUACUGCGACGAGUAUGGGGUGUGGCCCCUGAUUGCCGAUGAUCUUUCUUCUCGCCUGCCACUGAAAAACUUGAAAUGGCAACCCACAAAUCAACGAUCAGAACGAGUCAUUGCAUCAUUGGAAGUGGAUUUAAAGCGCUUCAACUUUGACCAACCGCCCCAACCUCUUUCGCAUACACAAACAAACUACUUGAAUCUCUACUUUGUGGCGUGCGAUGAUAAUGAAGUCUACAAGAACAAAGUACGAAGGCAAAUUAGAGCGUGGACCGAUGUCAUUGGUGCCAAGAAAAACCAGGAAUGGAUGAUCGUCUAUGUCGCUGGACACGAUGCUAAAAAAAGCAACAACUACCUGGGACUCAAGACGUCUGUCUACGAUAAAAUCCGUACGGAUUUUAAUCAAGGGAAACAAGACCGUUGCGCAUACAUUCGUAUUCGAGAUCCCGAAGGGGCAAACUCUGAGCUUUGGGCGGGCUUCAUCGAAAAAAUGAAGGAACACAUCCUGGCGAGCUUUGACAUGCAAGUGCUUCAAAUCCAGGAAGAUACACGACGGUUGGAUAUGCAGCGACAUAUGCCCGGAUGGAAUUACUGCACCUUUUUCAUUCUCAAGGAAGGUUUAGCCCAAGCAUUUGAGAUCAUGACACUCUACGAGGACGCCCUGAUCCAAUACGAUGAACUGGAAGCGUCCUUUUUCCAGGUGCUUCGAGACAAGGCACUGGCGUGGUUUGGGCAUUUCGGAGGCACCGAUGCUGGCGAUGAUUCUGGCAAUAUUCUCGAUUUCAAGCGAAAGGACUAUCGCGACUUGAUCAACAAAAAUAUCAUUUCAGUGUUUGAUUUUCGGAGCUACCUUUUUGCGCGACAAUGUCGAAUGCUGCUAAAGCUGCAUCGCGUUAUUGAAGUAUGCGCAAGGGCCCAGUUAUUCAUCACAGGAUUUAUUCCAAGCAUCAGAGACAAUCGAGCUCAUUUAACCGACAACUUUCUCGAAUCCUGGGUCUUUUCUGCAUGUAUCAACGUUGUCAACGAAUGCGAACCUUUGUCGGUGCAAAUUGCCGCGGCGGAUCCCCCAUUUCUUAUACCAUACAAUGCAGUUAAAGCGGAUCUAUUGCUAACAGCACGACGGCAGUUGGACAAACUAGGCUUAAAAUAUCAUCAUCUUCCAAAUACACCGCCGUUUUCAAUCUAUACAACCUCUGAAAACGAAGAACCAUCGAGUCCCCCAAGUAUCACCAAUCCGAAACUAUUGGAAGCGGUUGAUUCUCUUGAAGCCUUUGAUAAAAUAUACAUGGGCUUGAGUACGCGAGCGAUCAAGAGCUACGAUGCCAGUUACCGACCUCGGGCGGCUUUGAAUGUUCAUGGUGACAUUGCCGCUCUCAAAUAUGUACGGGAAAAAUAUGACGAAGCCGUGCGCAUCUUUGACUCGAUGAUAUGGAGAUAUGGUGAACAAGACUGGAGUGCCAUCGAAAACACGCUACUUGUCAAAUGUGCCGACUCACAGAAGCGGCUGGGGAAAACUGAUCAGUAUUUAGGUUCUGUAUUAGCGCUCUUGAAGAAUGCCACGUAUCUGUCAUCGGAAGAUGCGAUACAUUAUACGGAUGAACUGCUGGCCAACGUUCAGCAGCUUGAUACUGAUAUCCUCCGUCCGUUUUCUCCAAUGUUCAAGAUAUCGGUGGUAUCCAUCAUCGAUGACGAAUCCCUGGUGGAUAGCACAAGUGUUGAGAUUCGCGUAGUGAACAAUUUGCCCAAAGACCUUCCCAUCGAUCGUCUAUCCCUUCGAUUAGUGGGAAAUGCACCGGAACAGAUUUGGUUCACCGUGGAAAACCAAGUACUGAAACCAGGUCCAAACACGUUCUAUCUGACCAGUCUGACAUCGACUUCUGGAAACUACGUGGUGGAAAACUGUGAAAUGCAAACGGGACGACUUAUCUUUGGUCACAAUUUUAUGAAGCCAGGACAAAAGAAGCGCGUCGUACGUUUGAAUCGUGAUCCCAAGCAACUGAGUGCUGUUAUUGAACAGCCUAAUGAUGUUCGACUGGGUGUUCAGCAGCGAUUCUGUGUCAAAAUCAAAAUUGGAGAACGAUCGAUUUCCAACGGCAAAGUACUCUUGGAAUCACAGACGGAAGGGUUAGAUAUUGUCAAGACCGGAAAAGUGGUGGCCGUUAUCAAAGAUAGCAGCGAUCAUACAACGACCAAAGAGUUAGAAAGAACCGAAAGUGGAGAAACAUUAUUACCCGAGUGUGCUCCGCAUCAACUGUUGGAGUUGUCCGUGCCCUAUGAAGGACCGUAUACAGAGUUUGAAUAUCGGGUGAAAACGACAAUCACAUAUACGGCCGACAGCAAGGAACUUCAAUUCGUGUCGGCAGAUCCAGUUCGAGUCACAGUUCCUUUGGUCGUGACGGAAUCCAGUGUGUUUCGUGAGGAUUGCGUAUUUCUCAAGGUCGAACUAUCAUGUAAUGGUGAUUUGCCUGUCAGAAUAUUAGAAACCGGGCUAUGGCCUUCCAAAGACUAUGCUAUUGAAAGCGCUUCCGACAGUGCGCAAUGGGAUUUGACCAUUUUUCCCAAGCAAAUUGCCACUUUUGUGUACAAACUGGUUAAGCGGGUGGAUAACAGUGAUGAAGAUACCGAGAAACUGGAACCCAAAGUACAUUUCUAUGCUAAAUACCGCACGCUACGUGAUGAGGUGGAAACAAGUAUUGCCGCGAUGCUUCAGCAAUCGCUCAAAGAACAUAAGCUUGGUCAGCAUUUUCCGUAUGUCUUUUCCAGAGUUCGAGAAGCGUUCCUGUCCUCGGUUGAUUAUGCCAGCUACGGACUAACUGACGUGGUACAUCUGGAUGACUUUGAUGCGGAGCUCUGCGAAUCAUUUUUACUCCAUCGCGAUUUGAAAACCAAGGUCGAGUUACUGGAUCUCAUUGAAGAUUUCUUUGAAAAACACGAGGCUAUCACUAUGAAUACGGUCAACGCAUUUAGUCCCGCCCCUCACAUUGAUUGUAUUGUAUUUCCUUUGGAAGUACCGACAUCCAAGAUAUUACAUAAAGCGGAGCUUAUCAUCACAAAUGGCAAAGAUCUGCGCGUGUCGGAGGCGUGUCCUUGCAUUUUACGCAUUGAACGAUCCACUUAUUGGAAUAGUGGCUCAAACGAUACAGCGCAAGACUUCUUUUACGAUAUUGAUGUCGACUACGACAAUUGGCUCUUAUCUGGCAAACGACGGCUGAGAUUUUCGUCGACACCUGGUGAGGUGAUGGAAUUCGCGGUCAAUCUCGUCCCUUUAAAAACAGGCAAUUUGCUUUUGCCAACGGUGCGAGUCUCGUCAGUGUCCCCCGAUGGAUUUGCAGCGACGGUUUACACAAACAGUGGACAACAAAUUCUCGUCAAGCCGAAAUCCAAAACGGCCACAUUUUUCGUGGAACAACAACAACGUUUCUUGCAGCCACAAAUGAUGCCAAGCUUUGUCAGUAGCCCCGAUCGUCCCUCCCCUUCCUCCCCUCACAUCCCGAGUAACCGCAAUAUUCCCAAGCAAGAAGUAGUGUAAUAUAAAAAAAAUGGCGUUUUUUCCCUUUCUUGUAUGAUCCGUUCUUCCUACGUUCGUGUCACCACAACAACAAAAGUCCCGAAUCCGGGUAAAGGAACAGCCUAGCUGCAUCGAAUUAUGAACGACUUAGUGCCUGGAAAAGAGUUGGCAAAAAAAAAGCGCCAAGACUAGGACGAAAAAAAUACUUCUAUAAAAAGAAUAUUUUUCAAAAAUGC